AUGAAACUGUACUGGACAAUAUUAUGGUCUCUAUGGGCAGCCAGACUUUUACAGCAGCCUACCGUCGUAGUUCAAGUAAGUGGCGGACUGCUACGUGGCACCAUCGCUCCAGACGGCACGCAUGCCCAAUACUUGGCUAUACCGUAUGCAACGGUACGGCCAAGGAACAGAUUUCAGGCACCUGAUCCUGAACCAACAUGGGAUGGAGUUUUCAACGCCAUAAACGAAAAUGUACGAUGUCCACAAAGAUAUGACAAGAUGUUCGUCUUUGGUCAAGAAAAUUGUUUAACUUUAAACAUUUACACGCCAGUAGAUGCGAUACCAUCUUCACAAUUACCAGUCAUGGUGUUUAUACACGGCGGUGCUUUCUUAGAGGGUUCUGCAUCAAGGAAUUUAUACGGGGCUACAUAUUUAGUGUCUAAAGGCGUAAUAUUAGUCACUAUUAAUUAUAGAUUAAACAUCCAAGGCUUCGCAUGUCUGGGAAUUAAGGAAGCACCGGGUAAUGUUGGUUUAAAAGAUCAAGUUGCUGCAUUGAAAUGGAUAAGGACAAAUAUAAAGGCGUUUGGUGGUGAUAUGGAUAAUGUAACAAUAUUUGGAGAGAGUGCCGGGUCUGCGUCCGUGUCUUUUCACGUUCUUUCCCCGAUGUCCAAAGGAUAUUUUCAGAAGGCAAUACUUCAAAGCGGGUCGUCUCUUUCGCCUUGGGCGAUGCAGUACAGACCAAUAUAUAUGGCAAGCCUUCUAGCUAAAGCGAUGGGUUACAAUGCAGUAAGCGCUCGUGAAAUUUAUAAUAUAUUUAUGAAUAAAUCAGAUACAGAGCUUUUAGUUACAAGAGUACCAAGAAAGGAAGGUAAUGUUGUUUUCUCUGAAAUCCUUUAUGUGCCAUGUGUAGAAGAAAAAAUAGAUGGCGUGGAGCCGUUCUUGAUAGACAUACCUUACAAUAUAUUAACAAAAGGUGAUUUCAAUAAAGUUCCCAUGAUGAUUGGAUUGAACAGCGAAGAAGGAUUUCUUUUUGCGUCAUUGGAAAACGAUACGACGAUACCGAACAUUGAAAUAGAAAAAUCUUUGCCCAAAGAUUUGACAUUUACCACACAUUAUGAAAGAAGAGAGGUAGCAGCGAAGCUGCAUAAGCUAUACUUUGGAGAUAAGAAAAUUUCACAAGAGACGAUACUGAAAAUAGCUAAGUUUCAGGGUGACGCUUAUUUAAGUAGCUCAAUUUUAGAGGAAACAGAAUAUAUUCUUUAA